AAUAGAUUUUAUUCAUGGUUUUUGUGCUUAGAAAUGGAUAAUCGUGGUGGAGGAAGCGUUAUACAAAGAGAGAUUCAACAAGAUUGGGCAAAUCGGGAAUAUAUUGAAGUAAUAACAAGCAGCAUAAGAAAAAUUGCAGACUUUCUCAACGGAUUUGAUCUGUCUUGUCGUUCACGUCUUGCAACACUGAAUGAAAAAUUAACAAAACUUGAAAAGCGCAUAGAAUACAUUGAAGCUAGAGUUACGAGGGGGGAAACUCUCAGCUGAAUUCUUGAAUUGCACAAAACUUAACUUUAUAAACUAUGUCUGAUCCACUUUCUUUUUUUGCUGCCAAUUCUGAUGAUUCCGAUUCUGAAGAUGAUAAUUCUGAUAAAGAGGCUGCUAAUAGCAUACCUGUUACUAAGCCUGCUCAACAAACAGUCAAACCAGGCAACAAAAAAUUGCCACCACCUAUGGCAGUACUUGCAUCAGCUAAACGACCAGAGUUUACAAUAGACCCACUUCGCCAGGAUGUGGACUGGGACAAACUGACAAAGAAAGCACCUGAACUGCCUGAAAAAGAAUACAAGCCUUGGGAAAACAGACUUCCUACAGUUGAAAAAUCUGUGAAGACCAAAGAUGGAACAAAGCAAUCAACUUUAACACAACAAGUACCUGGAGCUUCUGCUCCUAAUGUUGCAGAUGGUCCAGCUCAAGGUCGCCCACAUGAAUACAUUGAUCAGGCAGUUCAGUGGUCUAAAAUGUAUCAAACAAUGGAUAAAUCAGGAAAUAUCAAAAGGGUGAAACCACAGGAUAUAGGUGGAGAAGAUUUAGAAGGAUUUCUCUUCACUGAUCUGGAGGCAGAAAAGGUCGCAUAUAACGGUAACAAACGGCAGAAAAUGGAUCAACAACAGCCACCCUCUUUUCGAUCCAAGGAAGCAAAAAAGAGAACUAUGGGAAUGGCUAACAGAGACAAAAUGUUUGUUGAAGAAGAGAAAAGGCUCUUAAGGCAGGAAUUCGAUGCCAAUUACUGAUUCUACUAAAUCGUUGGUUUUUAUGCUUAUAAGGCUUUCAUAAGGACAGAUGAAGAUUUAUCUACUGGUUUGGGUUUAUUCCUCCCAAAAUAAUGAAUAAAAAAAGCUAGUAUUAUGUUAUUCAGGAUGGUCCAAACUCCGGCAUGCGAGCCCGAUGUGGCCAGCCUGCAAACAGUCUUUUUUAAUUAUUUUGAUCAGGCAAUGGUCAUAUUUUUGAUGUGUAGUUAUUAUGAUACAAAAAUUGUUUUUCGUCUUAUAUACCGUACUUUUUGACCAUGGUACAGGAUGAGUAUUUUAAAUGCUUAUUUUCAGAUAGAAAUAUUCAGGAUGCAUUUUGUUAUUUCCUUUUUUCGUUGCUAUAUAGCUCCUGUUGUGUGUAGUAGGGGACCAAGCUAGCAUAUCCACACAUAGGGAAAAUGGCUAGUUAUGCCAUUGUACAUGGUUAACAGUAAAAUAUCUACUUACACUACUGCCAACAAGAAUAUCCAUCAGACUGAUUGGAAUUAACAUUGUAUCCAAACCAGCCUGUUUCUAUCUACUACUUACCUUGCAGUAAUUCACUAUCAAAUACAAAUUAUGCUUGGGAAUAUCAGUAUUCAGAAUAGUUUCAUUUUGUAAUCAUUUGUAAUGGUACUUCAGAAUAUUGUUGCCAUCAAUAUUUUCAUAAAUGAAUAAAUAUAUUAAUAUUUGU